UUGGCAUUAAAAAAAGAAACCGAAGCGAAACCAAUAGACACACUCCAAACAGAGAUCUCUCAUCAUUCAAUCCAUUGUUUCCCCAAAGCCAAAAGAAAGGCAUUUUCACUGCUUCUUCAAUCUCACAGUAAUAAUAUCUUAAGACUUUGGCAGAGGCACAAUACACAAGGUUGAAGAUUUACACAGAGAAAAAACCCAGACCGAGAGAGAAGGAAGAUGAAGAUGAAUGGGUCUGGUCUUGUGUUGAGGCUGCUAUUGUUGUUGUGUAUCAGUGAUCUUCUGAUUCCCAUGUCCCAAGCCAUCUGGCUGAGCAUUCCCUCUUCAGGAACCAAGUGCGUCUCCGAAGAAAUCCAGAACAACGUCGUCGUUUUGGCCGAUUACCUCGUCAUCCCAGACGACCAUACCCAUUCCAGCCCCACCAUCUCCAUCAAGGUAACAUCACCAUAUGGGAACAAUCUACAUCACAAGGAGAAUGUGACUCAUGGUCAGUUUGCAUUUACAACUAGUGAGGCUGGCAACUACCUCGCCUGUUUCUGGGUCGAUGGCCAUAAUCAAGGAGGCGGAGAUGUAAGUGUCAACCUUGACUGGAAAACAGGAAUUGGAGCAAAGGAUUGGGAAUCUGUUGCCAGGAAGGAGAAGAUUGAGGGUGUUGAGCUUGAGUUGAGAAAACUUGAAGGAGCAGUGGAAGCCAUCCAUGAGAAUCUACUCUAUCUCAAGAGCCGAGAAGCAGAAAUGAGGAUGGUGAGCGAAAAAACAAAUGCAAGAGUGGCAUGGUACAGCAUCAUGUCAUUGGGCGUCUGCAUUGCAGUUUCAGCUUUGCAGUUAUGGCACUUGAAGCGAUUCUUCCAAAAGAAGAAGCUCAUCUAGGUUCUUCUAAUCUAACCGUGUUUCUUUAUGAAAGAAGAAGUUCAGGAACUUCAUUUAUUUAUUUAUUUCUUCAACUUCUUCUUCUCAUACUUUCUUUUCUUGAUGCAUAAGGAAAUUUUUGGUACCAUAAAGAACUUAUAUUUUUCCUUUCCACAUCUGCUUAGACCAAUACAUAGUGACAAUGAAGGUGAUGAUAACUUUGUUUGUCUCCUUUCUUUUCUUUGUCAUUGUCUGGUUUUCAAUUUGUACUUUAUUUCCCAAUAAGAAGGGUUGAGAGUGUCAGUUAUUUAUA